UGGCUCUUCCCCGAAUGAAAACCUAAACCUCAGAGGAAGAGAGAAAACGAGAGAAAAUCAAAGAAAUGGCUCAGCUUGAAGGAUUCAUCUGCCCCCUGUGCAUGCAGGCUCUGCCUGGCGUUAGUCAACUGGAAAGACACGUUAGGGAAGAGCACAAUGACACUGCUACUGGUAAAAUGAAAGCAAAUUUCAAGCAGUUUAUUGGGAAAGCAAAGACAACACUCACCAAGCAAAGGGGCGGGCUAGAGGAGUCUGUCGUUAGUGAAGGAGCAGCUGCAGUAGGAGUGAGGAGAGAGGGGGAGGAGGAGGGGUUUCAGUCGAUAAUUGGAGUAUCAGGAAUCAACACUUCACUCUGGCCUGAACAAGAAUUUGGUAAAUAUAGAGAUCAUUUGGACGCGUUUCGUAAAGUAAGGGACUCACGCGUUCAACGUAUCGCCGUGGAAACCAAUCGACUUCUGGUCAGACUUGAAAAGCUACUAAGACUUCUGAAGAAUGAGCACGCUAUGAAACAGAAGCAGCUUAAAGCUCUGGAGCAGGACAUUGUACCUUGGAAGAAAGACUCAGAGAGCAAGCGCUGCAUGAAAUGCAGUCGUGAGUUUAACAUUCACCGAAGGAAGCAUCACUGCAGACUCUGUGGAGAUGUCAUAUGUAAAAAGUGUUCAAAUUUCUUUCCUUUUUCUGAAGCAUAUCAACUGAUGUCCGAUAAUCCCAACUACAGGUCUCUCCUUCCUGAUCCAGCUGCCACUGCUAGCAAACAAAAGAAAAAUAAAUUGAAACGUUUCCUGAAAGAUGAGGAUGAUGAAGAUGAGGACACUUCAGAUGAGCUGAGAGUGUGUCCAUCUUGUGAGGAGUUGCUAGUCAGACAGUUAGCCAGGAUGUCAUCGGAAGGUAGAACUGAAGUGGUUGGACUUUACGAGAAGAUGCAAGUGACAAUGACUAAUGCAGAGAAACUGAAACCAAAGUAUCUAGAAAUGGCCGACAGCUUAUUGAGUGGGGAGUAUCACUUCAGACUGAUGGAUGCUCAAAAUGUCAGGCAAGAUUUAGUAAAACUUUAUGAGGUAGUGGAUGCACUUAGUAAACGUAUUAUGAAUCUCAAGUAUGAUGAUGGCGGAGAGCCAAGUCCUUCGUGUCUCAAAGUCCAGAGGAACAUUCGUCUCUUUGCUAGCAGUUACUUGCAAGAUAACCUCCUCAUGUUGCCUGGCCUACCUACUGUAGAAAAACUAAAAGAUUUGAGGAGAGAGAAAGAAAGAGAAAUAGAAGAGAAGAAGCUUCGACUCUUGAAGGAGAAAGAAGAGAAAAGAGAGCUUGAGAUUGCAGCUGCUGCUGCAGCCAAUAAAAGAGACAGUGGGGCCUUCUUUGGAAGCAAGAAAGAACCAAACACUUUACAAUUACCAUCUAGCGGAAUGAAGAAAGAGAACAGCUCAUCUUCACGAUUAGAUAUAUCAUUCUCAGCUAUUGAUAGUAAAGUACGGAUCUCCCCAUCCUUCAAGCGAAAGGCUAAAGCUGUUUUUGGUAUCAAAGAAUCGGGCGAAACCUCCAGCACUAGUAAUCGUGGUUGGACUGCUGAAGCAGCCGUGACAGAAUGCCUUGACGAUGGAGAGCUUGAUCCAUUUGAGCUCCAGAGACAGCAGCUGCUGGGUUAUAUUGCACAAGCUGAGCAGGCAAAGAGAUUUGAUGAAGUAGCUACCCUCAAGGAGUCGUUGCAUGAAAUUGAAGCACUGAUGGUGGAAAGAGGAACAACUUGAUUUCAGUAUUAGGGCACACUAUUUAUUGAUUAUUGUUAUAUUUAAUUCUCAUGUUAUACUAUUAUUAUUAUUAUUAUUAUUAUAUGCUGAAUAAUUACUAUAUUGAUUUCAUUAUUUUAAUGACGAUUUUACUGUUUUACCAAUGUCA